AAAAUUUUCCAAUUGCCGUAGUUUACCUUUUAGCAACCACAGCGUUAAUACCCCAGCCUUAUCACUAUAAAGUGGAGUUGGAUUUCCAUCUCGGAGUUGGUUUGGUUUUAGUUGAAUUGUGUGUAGAUUGUUACUUUUCUUUAUUUAAUAUUAUUUACUUAACUUUAAUUAGUGCUUCAUAAUUUAUCACGUGCCUAUUUAUUAACUAAUCUUAUAUUUUGCACCCAUGACUGUUACUACUAAGUUUUCCAAAUUAGAAAGAGAGGAACCAGACGCUAUUGUUCAAAUCAUGAACAAGUACAGUGAAGAUACUGAUGAUCGUAAAGUGGAUGUGACUAUCGGAGUUUAUAAGUCAGAGUCCGGAGAGUCAUAUUUAUUCCCAUCAGUAGCAAAGGCUAAAGAAAUAUUAAGAGCCAAUGAUCCUGGUCAUAGUUAUACUGUUAUGUCAGGGAUUCCUGAAUUUAUUGAAGGAGCCAGAAGAGUGGUUUUCGGUAAUGAUAUUCCUCAAGAAGGAAAAUUGGCUUCUUUACAAACCAUUUCUGGUACAGGAGCCUUACAUAUGGCUUUUGUAUUCUUAAAGGAAGCUGGUUAUACUAAUUACUAUCUUGGAAUUCCAAGUUGGUCAAAUUAUAUUGGUAUGAUUGAACAUAUAGGGGGAACUGUCACCACUUAUAAUCAUUAUGAUGAAACUACCAGAGCUGUUGAUUUUGAUUCGGUAACUGAGAAUUUGGAAUCUGCUCCUUCUAAUUCAGUAUUCUUAUUUCAAGCUUGUUGUCAUAAUCCUACUGGAGCUGAUUUUACUAAGGAUCAAUGGAUUAAAAUUGCUGAAAUUGUUAAAACAAGGGGAUUGUUCAUCUUAUUUGAUAACGCUUAUCAAGGAUUUUCUUCUGGAAAUACUGAAGACGAUGCUUGGGCUAUAAGAUACUUUUAUAGACAACAUUUAGAAUUCAUUGUUUGUGAAUCAUUUGCCAAGAAUUUAGGAUUAUACGGUGAAAGAGUUGGAGCUUUACAUGUUGUAGUACAAGACAAGGAUUACGUUGACAAUGCUCAAAGUACUCUUACUGCUUUAUUCAGACAUGAAUGUUCAUUUGCUCCAGCCUUUGGAGCUAGACUUGGAUCUAUUAUCUUUCAAUCUCCGGAAUUAUGGAAAGUAUGGGAAAAUGAUGUUGCUGAAAUUACUGAAAGAUUACAUCAUACUAGAAAACAGAUUUAUGAUAGAUUGGUUCAAUUAAAUACUCCUGGUAAAUGGGAUCACGUUAUUCAUCAGAAUGGAUUGUUUUGGUUUUCAGGUUUAACCCCUGCUCAAAAUGAAAGAUUAAUAACUAAACAUCAUGUCUAUUCUACUAAUAUUGGUAGAGUUAAUGUUGCAGGUAUUAAUAAGUCGAAUGUUGACUACUUUUGUCAAGCCAUAGAUGAAGUGGUUAGAAAUGCUUAGGUUAAUUUUAUAGAUGCUGUUUAUUGUCUAUAUAA